AUGUCCGACCCUAUUCCAUCUGCAAGUGCAGAUCACGAAGGUCUGGAUAACUCACAUCCAGCCAACGCCGAUGACCGCAGCGCAGCCGCCGCUCUCUCCUCCCUCCACUCCAAUGAAAUCGGCGCCACAGCAAGCCCCACAAGGGGUCCAUCCAGUGCGGACCAAGAAGCUCUAGGUAGGGCUAUGAGUCGACUUGAGAUCGCUUCAGGACACGGAGCGGGAGAAAAGCAUCCGGGCACGGCCCUGAAUAAUGGAGUGGAAGUGAAGAAGAAGGUGGUCAAGAUCUCGGCGGCGGAUGUCACGUUUCUGGUCAAUCAGUUGGAACUGUCAAAAAAUAAGGCAACAGAUCUGCUAAGAGCUAGUGAUGGGGAUGUUACACUUGCCUUGAGAGCUUUUCUUGCACCCUCGUUUUAG